AUGGCUUCCAACCCGGAUCUCGAUGUUCCGGACCAACCCGGUCUUGAAUUAGCCCAAUUCGCUGCAGGGUGUUUCUGGGGAGUGGAAUUGGCGUUCCAGAGAGUGGAGGGAGUGGUCAAAACUGAGGUGGGCUAUUCUCAGGGCCAUUUUGACAACCCGGAUUACAAAAUUGUGUGUACUGGUACUACCAACCACGCUGAAGUGGUUCGUAUCCAUUUUGACCCGACUGUUUGCCCUUAUACGAAUCUUUUGUCCCUCUUCUGGGGCCGCCAUGACCCCACUACUCUCAAUCGCCAGGGAAAUGAUGUGGGGACACAGUACAGGUCAGGAAUAUACUACUACAAUGAGACGCAGUCUCAGUUAGCCCGUGAAUCAUUGGAAGCAAAGCAGAAUGAAUUCCCGAAUACGAAGAUUGUCACCGAAAUUCUUCCUGCAAAGAAAUUUUAUCGAGCAGAAGAGUACCACCAGCAAUACCUGGAGAAGGGUGGAGGCAAAGGUCUAAAACAGUCAGCUGCUAAAGGCUGCAAUGACCCAAUCAGAUGCUAUGGUUGA